ACGUUAAUGCAGAAGUGGGCGUGGUUUAAUCUAAACUGGGUUGGAAAAGAACCGACAGACUCGUCCCGUUAUUCCAGAGUCAGUUUAAAGUGAAGGGCUGACGCGGAGCAGAGAUACAGUAUCAACACCUGAGUUUACCAAGACAAACAAACGAGAUUAAAACAAAGUCAGUAUUGAAACCCGGUGUAUGUGUUAGCACAGUUUAGCUUAGCCGGCCUACAGAAGCUAACAAGCCUAGAUGCUAGUUAGUUAGCAUCACCUAGCUUCACCUCCUCCUCCUCCUCCACGACGCAACAACCAUGGCUUUAAAACGGAUCACAAAGGAGUUAACUGAUCUGUCCAGAGACCCUCCGGCUCAGUGCUCUGCGGGACCCGUCGGUGAAGACAUGUUUCAUUGGCAAGCUACAAUUAUGGGUCCUCCCGACAGUCCCUAUCAGGGCGGAGUCUUUUUCCUGACUAUUCAUUUCCCCACAGAUUAUCCCUUCAAACCCCCCAAGGUCGCCUUCACAACAAGAAUUUAUCACCCAAAUAUUAACAGUAACGGCAGCAUCUGCCUGGAUAUAUUGAGAUCACAGUGGUCUCCUGCUUUAACUAUCUCUAAAGUGCUUUUGUCCAUUUGUUCUCUGUUAUGUGACCCGAAUCCCGACGACCCGCUAGUGCCAGAGAUCGCCCGCAUCUACAAAACAGACCCCGUAAAGUAUAGCAGACUAGCCAGGGAGUGGACAGACACGUAUGCCAUGCUGUGAGGGUAAGCGCUGGAAACUCCCACGCUGGGUUUGUGGACUUGAAGCACGUUUUGAAGCAAAGCAUGGCUCCGGAAACAGAGUCCGAGCGGCUCAUCUUCUCACCUGCAGGUUCCCAGAGCCUCUCAGACACACGGCAGCAGGGCUUUUAAACACAACAUCAGAAGUUUAAGAGGAUGUUUGAAAGUCAGGUUGAAGGAUGUAGUUGUCCUUAGUCAGUGUGUUACCUAAAGAAGAUGACCGCUUAUAGAAAUAGACUUAUUUUAGACACCACAAAGGUUGUUUCAGUCAACUCACCUGUUUCUUAAUGUUUAUUAGAAGCAGCAUAUAGUUUGGCGUCUAGGCUCGGGCCUCAUCACUCCACAGAUUUACAGAGAACAUUGAGUGAUGAUUAGAUAACUA